CUCCCUUCGUAAAGCAAACUCACCACGUUGCGCUUCAACUCGCAUGACUCUGCAGAAUAACAUUGAUUGACACACAAAUAGGUCGUCUUCCUACAGUGGACAGUCAUAUGGUGGAAGUUCACGUGGUGGUCCACAGAUUUGUUCUAUGUGUGUUGCUCUAUGCACACGCUAUCAACACUGCAACCGACAGGAUGAUGCGAGCAGCUCAGUUUGAGAAGGGUGGUCCCGAAAAUCUGUACGUUGCAGAGGUAGCCAGGCCUGCUCUCGGUGAGAGACAGGUUCUUAUCAAGGUGCAUGCCUCCGCCAUCAACAGAGCCGAUACAUUGCAGAGAAAGGGUCUGUACCCACCCCCUCCGGGCGAGAGUGACAUUUUGGGUCUAGAGGCCGCAGGGGUCGUGGAUUCUCUUGGACCAGGAUGUUCUGAGAAAUGGAAGAUCGGCGAUAGAGUUAUGUCCCUUUUGUCAGGGGGAGGUAACUCUGAGUACGUGGCCACUCCCGAGCAGCUCCUCAUGGCAAUACCGGAAGGGAUGGACUACAUUCAGGCCGCAGCGAUCCCUGAGGUUUGGCUGACUGCUUACCAGCUGCUGCACUUUGUGGGCAAGGUCCAGUCGGGGGAGACAGUGUUGAUUCACGGGGGAGCCAGUGGAGUGGGAACGGCUGCCGUACAGCUGGUAUCCCUGGCUGGUGCCAAGUCCAUAGUGACAGCAGGGUCAGAAGCCAAGAUCGCGACUGCCGUAUCCCUUGGGGCCUCACAGGGGUUCAACUACAAAGAGGGAGACUUCAGUCAGAAAGUUCGAGAUGCAACAAACGGCAAGGGAGUUGACGUCAUCCUUGACUGUGUGGGCGGGUCCUACUACGAACAGAACAUGAACGUCAUCGCCGUGGAUGGACGAUGGGUGCUGUAUGGGUUGAUGGGGGGAGGCAAUAUCAGCGGGGACGUGUUCGCAAAACUGCUGCGUAAGCGAGUGUCUGUUACAGGGACAACCCUCCGUGCUCGAUCUCUUGAGUACAAGACCAAGCUCGUUGGAAGCUUCAUGCAAGACGUGCUUCAUCAUUUCAUCUCAGGCAAGGUGAAGCCGAUUGUAUUCACAACAUUCCCACUGGAGAAGAUCGGAGAUGCCCACAAAAUGAUGGAGGAAAAUAAGAAUACAGGGAAAAUAGUCAUAGAGGUUAAUCAAGAUCGGGAUAAGAAAGAUGAACUGUGAUUAGUCCGAUAUAUGUAACGAUUAUUGUUUGCCACUGUAUUUACAUGUUCAGAAAAUAAUUAGCAUUGAUGUAGGAAA